UCCUGGGGCCGCCCGGGAAUGCCCAGGAGAACCCGCGAGCCCAGUGGCACCCGCCUGGAGCUGCAGCCCCAACUGCCGGCGCGCGCAGCCAGGGAGCGGCUUCCGGUAGCCCGGUGACCACCGCGGUGCGGGCGCGCGCCCAACGGCUUUGCGAGGCUCACUGGGUCUGAGAGGUCGGAGGCUGCGAGUGUCGCUGCUGAAGGCUGUGGUGGACCCCGCUGGAUCUCGGAUUUUGGAAUACAUCAGAGAUUUGGGAUCGCAGACUGGGGGUUGGAUCGUGGAUUUGGGGUUGGAUCGGGACUUGGGGUUGGAUUUGGGGCUGGGUCGUCGGGGCGGGUGGGGGGUGGUGAAAAGGUGACAGGGAGCUGCCCCCACUCAAGAAGCGGUCGGUGGUUGGGGGUCUGAGACGUCAUACCAUGAAGCUCUUCCGCUUCGGGAGCGGCAGGGGCCAGACGGACCUGGGCUACAUAGACCAGGUCUACAGGGGUUCCGGGUACCGAAUCCGGGACUCCGAACUGCAGAAGAUCCACAAGGCGGCUGUCAAGGGCCACACCGCAAAAGUGGAGCGCUGCCUGGCACGCAGGAGCGGAGACCUGGAUGCCCUGGACAAGCAGCACAGAACUGCUCUACAUUUGGCCUGUGCCUGUGGCCAUGCAAAAGUGGUAACUCUCCUGAUCGACAGAAAGUGCCAGAUUGAUAUCUGUGACAAAGAAAACAGAACGCCCUUGAUACAGGCUAUCCGUUGCCAGGAAGAGGCUUGUGCCAUUAUUUUGCUGAACCAUGGUGCCGAUCCAAACCUUAAGGAUAUCUACGGCAACACUGCUCUCCAUUAUGCUGUGUACAGUGGGAGCACCUCACUGGCAGAAAAACUACUUUCCCAUGGUGCAAAUAUUGAAGCGCUGGACAAGGUAUAGAUCAAUCAACUUUCUUUCAAAAAUAUUUGUUUUAUCAUUGACAUAGGUAAGGGUCAAUUUUUUUAUAUUUGGAAGCUCAACCAUUCCCUGAAUGCAAAUGUAAAUUAUUUUGAAAUAACUUAAUUGCAUAAGAUUUUGUUUUAAAUAUUGAUACUUUUAAAGAAGAUUCAAGGGCACAGCUUUAUAAAAUGCGCCUUGGAAAAUAUUUGCAAAUUUGUUAAAGGGAAAACCUUUUCAACUUUUUUUCUAUGCAGGGUUUUUUUUUUUUUUUUUUUUUCUUAAUUAGUGUAAAACAACACAGGAAAGAAAAUAUGCCCUGUAAAUAGGCUUCAUUUUAAAACUCAAACAAAACUAAAGUAACUUACAAUAAAUGGACAUGUUGCUGCUGCUGCUAAUUUUCUGAAAAACUGACGUAUCAUUUCUCAGGGAAAAAUGGGAAGGGAAAAGGAGAGCAAUCAGAAAUAUGCAGGUCACUUGGAAAUCAGGUAAUGAAGGAAAAUGUGAGGAAGAGUUGUUGUUAUUGUUGUUGUUUUUAGUUUGUUGUUCUUCUAGUUUAUGUGUUGAGACAAGGUGCUCUUUAGCUUUGGGUCUAAUAAUUUU